CUACACUUGGGUUCAUUCAAUAUGUUCAAUGUAUGUUUGUAGGUACACGUCAUAAGUUUAUCCUACAAUUAUUGCUAAAACUUAGUUUUACAAAAGAAUUUUGAAAUAAAUUUAAUCAAAAUAUGGAGACGUUGUAUCAUCAGACAAAUAAAUUGGUUCAAGAAACGCAACUUCUUUUUUCGCAAUUGGAAAAAAAAUCUCCUAACCUGGAUUUAAAGGAAAUAGAAAAUGCCAUAGAAUUCAAAAUCAGUCUGAUCAACAGUAACUGUGAACGACUAGAUGUACUUUGUUUAAAAGGAUCCAUUUCGCCUAUUUCGCCUUUCAAAAGACAAAAUGCAAAAAUGAGAGUCGAUCAACUUAAAUACGACAGCCGUCAUUUGAAUGCUGCGUUAAAUAGUUGGAGAAAUCAAUUAAUUAGAAAGCAACAAGAAGAAGCAGACCGAGAAGCAUUAUUGUCGCAAACAUUUACUGCGAAUGAUCACAUUGAUAUUAUGAUAGAUCAAAAUACACAACAUAAUUAUAGUUUACGAAAUGCAGUAAAUGGUGUAGACGAUCUUAUUUCGCAUGGAACAGGGAUCUUAGAUAGUCUAAGAUCGCAAAGAAUUACUUUAAAGGGAGCUCACAAACGUUUGAUAGAUAUUGGUAACACUUUAGGUCUUUCAAAUACAACUAUGAGGCUUAUAGAACAUAGAGCUCGUCAAGAUGGAUUUAUUUUAGUCGGUGGUAUGCUUUUUACAUGCAUAGUGAUAAUCCUAGUCAUUAUUUAUCUUACGUAGAAAGAGAGAGGACAUAAACAAUGAUAAACGUGUUUAUAUACAUGCUUGAUACACUCCAACAAAUAUAUUCAAUAUUGCCUUAUUUAAA